UUGAUCCGGUCGCUGCCCCUUUCUUCUCCUGUAAGUAUUACACGUUUUUGUAGACUUCUUAAUUUUAGCGGUAUUUAGAGUUGUCGUUGUUGUUAUAGAUUGUCCGGGUUUCAACAGACCAUAGCGAGGCUUGGUAGUCAGCAGUUCUUCGCUUAAAAUAAAAUUGUUUUACAUUAAUUUAUAUAAAAUUUAUACUUUGCGGGAAUGGCCUUGAAAAUUUUUGUGGUUUUACCAGGAUUUGUGAUUACAAUGUCGGCAGCGGCGUUUUUCAAAUCGUCCAUAAGAAGGAUUUUGGAAUCGGAAGCUUUCAACCUGAAAAAAUAUAUGGUGUAUUCUGAAAAUUCUUUGUUGAACGCAAUUGCUGAAGGUCUUAGAAUAGAGCUAUUUGAUUUGACCUACAAAAAUUAUAAAUUAAAAUUAACCCUAAAAAGGACACAUGCUUUAACCCAAGCUUUAAUUAUUUUUACACCUUCAGCAAUUGCGUUCAACAAAGAAUUUUCAGAAUACACCAUAUAUUUUUUCAGGUUGAAAGCUUCCGAUUCCAAAAUCCUUCUUAUGGACGAUUUGAAAAACGCCGCUGCCGACAUUGUAAUCACAAAUCCUGGUAAAACCACAAAAAUUUUCAAGGCCAUUCCCGCAAAGUAUAAAUUUUAUAUAAAUUAA